GUUUGAUCGUCACGUGUUCCGUGUUUACGUUAUGACGGGAUGACGUCGGUGGAUAGCAGCGGGAAGUGACAGGAGACUCCGCUCGAACCUGUCUGUAUUCCUGAGCUUGAAAGCCGCGUGUUCACCUUAGGGGCUCCGUUGGUCAGGGCAGGCAUGUCGUGGCCCCAGGUUUUGCUCUAUCACUCACCAAGCCCGUGUGGAAGCAUAUCGAAAAGAAGCCACGUUCAAAGCAGAAGCUGGAGAUAUUAAGACGUAGGGAAGGUAUAUACAGAUUGCUGGCAGACACCAGGCAGCUGCAGAUUUUCCUAAAACAAAGAGAUGAAACUUCUUGAGAAUUCUCGUUUUGAAGCUGUAAAUUCUCAGUUGUGUGUGGAAACUGGGGAUGCUCACAUCAUCGGCAGGAUAGAAAGUUACUCGUGUAAGAUGGCGGGUGAUGAUAAGCACAUGUUUAAGCAGUUUUGCCAGGAAGGCCAACCGCAUGUCCUUGAAGCAUUGUCACCUCCCCAGACCGGUGGGGUGAGUCCUGGCAGGCUUGGAAAGAGCCAGGGUGGCGAUGAGGAUGGGCCUCUGAGCGAUAAGUGCAGCCGGAAAACGUUGUUUUACCUGAUCGCUACCCUGAAUGAAUCCUUCCGGCCAGACUAUGACUUCAGUACAGCUCGAAGCCAUGAAUUCAGCAGGGAACCCAGCCUUAACUGGGUGGCUAACGCAGUGAAUAGCAGCUUAGUCUCUGCUCUCGGUGAACACUUUACCUCCUUAAAGUCCAGUCUCUGGGAUGCUGUGGAUGAAGAGAUUAACCUUUUAGAGUGUGACAUUUACAGCUACAAUCCAGACCUUGAUUCUGAUCCUUUUGGAGAAGAUGGCAGUUUGUGGUCUUUCAAUUAUUUCUUCUACAACAAGAAACUGAAGAGAAUAGUUUUUUUCACUUGCCGUUCCAUCAGGGGUUAUUCACGAGCGGAUGCUGGUGCAGAGUUCGAUAUGGACCUGGAAGAGGAGAUGGAAGACGAUGAAGCGAACAGCGUGGGAGGUGACAGGCCUCAGCUGACGUGCGCGUAAUGUGAUUGACCACCCUCAGCUUUCCGUUUGAGUGAAGUAUCCAUUGUACAUGGGCCAGACUGUUCUCCACACUCAAUGCAGAUUUCACAAUCUGUUCUGCAGGCUCUGUAUUGAAUAUGGCUUAUGCCCUUCCCCACUCC